CAGCUAUCAAAAACAUCUGAUCCUAAAGCAUGGGUUAGUCUGAAUCAAAGCCUGCUCACGGACAUAAUAUUGUUCAAUAGAAGGAGGGAGGGAGAAGCAUCAAAGUUACUGUUACAAACGUACACAUCAAGGAACAGAGCCACUGCAAACCUAGACAUUUACAACAGCCUGUCAAAGCUAGAGCAAUCUAUAAGUGAAAGUUUUACUCGUCUGGAAAUAAGAGGCAAACGGGGGAACAAAGUUCCUGUACUUCUCACAGACCGUAUGGUGUCAUCAGUCAACAUCCUUAUUCAACAUAGGAGCCAGGUGGGAGUUUCUGUCUUUGCUAGAUUGUCGGCAAACACAUGCAUCAGGGGCUCUGACUGCCUUCGAUACUUUGCCUCUGCCUGUGGAGCGGAAUAUCCAGACCGCCUUCGAUCAACUAAACUUAGAAAACAGAUAGCAACUCUUUGCCAGAUGAUGAACCUUCAAGACCAUGAAAUGGACCAGGUCGCAAAGUUUAUGGGUCAUGAUAUUCGUGUCCACCGUGAAUAUUACAGACUAUCUGAGAAUACCAUGCAGCUUGCUAAAAUAAGCAAAUUGCUGAUAGCAAUUGAAAAGGGACCCCAUGCAUACAAAGGCAAGUCUUUGGAUCAGAUUGAUUUGGCCACAGACACAAAUGUCACUGACGGUGCUUCAGAACUCCCUCAGUCCGAGAAGAAUGUCGAAGGACAGAAAAAACGCAAAGACAAAAUUUCAAGAGACCAAAAAGAACCCCGACAGCACUCAGAUGGAAGUUUGGAGGACAGUAUGGAUUCUUCAGAACCCACACAGUCUGGCAAGCAAGAAGUAAAAAAGCACGCCAGAAAGUCAAGACCAACACACCAGAAAGACUUGGAUUCAGGACCAGAGGCCAGUGAGGGUGCUUCACAAGUCACUCAGUCCAGUUCAAAGAUAAUGACUAGUCAACAGAAGAAACCCUGGAGCAGCUGUGAGAAAGAGGCUGUGUGGAAGCAUUUGGGGAAAUUUAAGGCACUGAAGAAGGUUCCUGGCAAACAGGAUAUUCUGUUAUGUAAAGGGUCAGAGCCAGCACUUGAAAACAGAACUUGAACAGACAUAAAAAAUCUGGUGCAUAA